GACGCUCCGCUAAACUCACUCACAGACGGUUCAUCAAGGUGUACCGUACCCGAUCGCCGAUCUUCCCCAGACUCAGAGACCUGAACGGCAACGUUAGCCAAACUGCCAAAGAUACCUAACCUGGGGAACCCAAUUGGCUCUGAAGUGCUCGCCUCCAGUUUCUGUUGACUUGAGUGCUCCAUGUCUUCCUCCACGCCAACUGCCCCCAAGCGUGCAAGGGACGGCCCUGCAGCGAGUUCAAGCAGCCUUCGAGACAAACUCGCAGCCAUCUUACCCCAGGGUCACAGAUUCGGCAUUCAUCAUGUGUCGACACCACCAACUAAAACAGAAUCGCUCUGUCCUGCCCCACCAGGAGAACGGCCAGACAAAACCUAUCGAGAACAACACUUUCUUGCCAUCUCCAUCUAUCCUCAGAGUUCUACGGCUGCUCCCUUGAAGCGCGCAUCGCCGGGCGCUGAUCACCUCAAAGACUCGGACGGAGCCCGGAAGCCCUUACUCGUCUUUUCCAUUGAGGUCUUCAUCUUUACAACCGCGUACCAGACCACCUUCUUUGUAUCCAAAGUCGACUCCACUGGCUACCUCCAUCUGCUCAACCUGCCAAAAGGCGCCGCCUCCCCAAUCCGCCAAGUCUGCGCCACCUUCCUCACAUACCUCCUCAACCACCGAAGACGCAACCAUGUACAGUCCGUUGUGAACCUCUUUGCGCGCGCACAGGCUCAGUACCUCUUUCCUGGGAGUGUGCGCAACAGCGGCAAACACGUCCUGGAUGACUGGGGUCUCGUGAGGUGGUGGUGCAAGACCUUGAAUCCGCUCCUGGAAGGUUCACCCGCGGACUCAUGGCAAUGCGCCAGAGGGUAUCUCCUUGUGCCUGGACUCGAGGAGCAGGAAGCCAGGAGCCUCAUUCCGCGGACAACGGGGAGCCCCAAGAACUGGGUUGUUGGCCAUCCGCUCGAGAGGAUAUCACACUACACCCGUGACGUCGGCUCAGUGCCGCCGCGAUGUCUGAUACCGGGGUACCCCGACGAUCCCAAAUCGCGGUUCCGUGAUGAGUUGGACGAGGAAGUCUCCAAGAGGAGACAGAGUGUUUCGGCCUGGAAAAGCGUCAAGACUCUAGACCAGUUCUGGGAGAUGAUGGCCUUCCGCCAGGAGUGUUCAAGCGGGCGUCUCACGGGGUUCAUAUGGUUGGUCUUUGACUCGGAUCAGCUAAAGGAAACUCACCCCCAAGCGUCCGUCCUAAGGGAUGCAGCCGCAAGCUCAUCCAAAUCGGCCGCCUCGCCCGCCGGACCCAACUCAUCACGUUCCAGCGCUGCUAAAAGAAAAGGCAAACCGAAACGAAAAGGCCCGAUCGCCACUCGCGCGCCCAGGAUCAAGACUCAUUCCCGCAACUAUCGUUUCGCUGGUCGGACCACGACAGCCUACUAUUCCUGGCCUGUUGAGGGUCGUGGCGCGAAGAUCGUAAACGAGUCAGAAUACAAACGCAUCGUCGAACUGUUGCUGCAUCUCGACUUUUCUACGCUUGACAAGGCCAUAGGGAGCUCGCAGCGUUGGAUUGGCGAGGUGGAUGCUGGCGCUUCGUGGGAUGGGGAGGUUGUGGGUACGGCACCGUUGCAUGUGCCGAAUCUGACGGGCGGUAGUAAUGUGGCUUCUGCUGGGGUCGGUGGUGGAGGUGAUGGUGAUGGGAAGGUGGCUAAUCUGACGGGGACUGGGUUGGUUAGGAGGAAGAAGGGGAGCGAAGUGUCGGGGGGCGAGCAGUUGGAAGUUGCAGAGAGGAUUUCGGGAGGUGCUACGGCGGGGGCAGUGACAGAAGGGGUGAACCUGCUUGGCGCGAAUCUGGUGAGGAAGAAGAAAAAGGGAUCCGAUGGCCAGUGAGUUUCAAAUAUCAGCAUCGGUGGACGAGAGUCGAGGUUCAGAUUUAUCGAGGCAUAUCGAAAGGCAUCAGUGAACCGGUUGCGCGUUGUUACGCCCCACCAUGGGUCCCUCGAGAGGGCUGCCUUUGGUCGUAGCCGUACCUACUAGCCUGCACCAGAUGGGAAAUCUACUAGCUGAGCUGUCACGGGCAUGGCGCGGCGCAGGUUGGAUCGACAAGAUGUCGAGCACAUGGUAUUUUCAAGUGGAUACUAGGUAGACUUCUAGGUUGGAAAGCAUUGGAACUGACCCAUCAUACCAGCCCUGCCAAUACAACCGAAUCC